AUGAGUGUAUUCUUAGAUGAUGAAGAUUUGGUCCAAUUAGAGGACGGGAUUGGAUCUUUGGACGUGAACGACAAUAAUAGCGGACCUUCGGAGCUAAACUACCGAUUGUUAGCAGUACAAUCGGAAGACGAAUAUGACUAUGGAGAAUCGCUACCUGUUCCUAUGUAUGAUAGCAGAAGCCACAGUAAUGGCAGAAGGAGAAGACUGACCAUAUCAUCACUGUAUGAGAUACCCUUGAAGCAAUACUCGUUAGCUCCUAGAUUUGAUAAGCCAAAGGUCAGUGACUUUGACGUUAUAAAAGUCUUGGGCAGAGGGGCCUACGGUAAGGUACUCUUGGUUAAAGAGAAGUCUACCAAUAAGUUGUAUGCCAUGAAACAAUUGAAGAAGGCUCUGUUGAUCAUCAACAACACCAUUCACGAAGUCAACUACAACCGUACCGUUAAUGAGAAGACCAUAUUGCAAUCCGUUAACCAUCCCAACAUUGUUAAGCUCUACUACGCCUUCCAGGACCAUAACAAGCUCUAUUUGAUAUUGGAGUAUUUGGACGGGGGGGAGUUGUUCCACCAUUUGGCCCAAGAGCGGUACAUGCCAGAGACCAAGGCCAGUUACUAUAUAGCACAACUUAUUGUGGCUAUACGGUAUCUUCAUGUUAAUCUUAAGGUGAUAUAUAGAGAUUUGAAGCCUGAAAAUUGUAUGUUGAAUUCGUACGGUCAUUUGGUGUUGACCGACUUCGGACUUUCUAAACAGACUGUUGAUGACGUUAAAUUGAAUUCGCUUGCAGGAACUGCUCAAUAUAUGGCACCUGAGAUCUUGAAAGGUGAAGAAUAUGACUUUGGGGUGGAUUGGUGGUCUCUAGGUUGUGUGUGCUUUGAUUUACUUACGGGGUCUCCACCAUUCACAGGAAAUAAUAAUAAGAAGGUUAUGGAUAAAGUGAUGAAUGCCAAAAAGUUUUUGAAGUUCCCCUUUUACUUGUCACUUGACGCUAAAGACUUUCUUCGGAAACUUCUACAGGUUAAUCCGAUGAAACGAGUGGAUCUUGAUGACGAAACACAAUUUAAAAAGAUAAUGCAGCAUAGAUUCUUCCGUACUGUGGACUGGAAGACCCUUAAUGAUACUGACAUAAUACCUCCUAUUUUACCGGUGAUUACUGACCCAAUCUUAGCAGAGAAUUUCGACGAUGAAUUCACCAAUAUGCCGUUCACUCCACCAGACAAGUCUCCGUUAGACGAAGAUAUCCUUCAAGUCAAGGGCUUUUCAUUUGUUAAUGAAAGUGUCUUGGAGAAAAUGUACAACAGUCGACCAGAAUAA